CGGGGAUUGCUAUGAUCAUGUGAUAUUUUCGCGGGCUUUUUCCCAUGUGAGUAAUCGAUCGAAGCUUCGAACAACAUGUCGGAACCAUCUACACCUCGCGGGCGAAAACGCUCAAGAACUAGCACUUCAAGUCAGUCAACAAAAAGUAGCCGCAAGAGCUCAAGAAAUGCUUCCCCAGAGCGUGCGGCAGCUGCUGUUUCACCUCCUUCUCAGCGUCGGCGCAUUGAUGAGUCUUCUUCGCCACUCCCCCUAGCCCCUACCUCCCCCUCAGGGGACCAGCCUGAUCAGGAAAGAUCUCUGUUCUCCUCACCUCAGGCACGGCAUAACAUCGAGACUAGUGAGAUUGAUCUGAGUUCUCCUCUAAACUACGGAACUCCAAGCUCAAGGAUCGCAGGGACUCCUCGAGGGAGUCAUGCUGGUACACCAAUAAGAAAUCGCACAGAUAUAAGAAGUGAUCGUCGCAUGCGACAAGUCAAUGUUGGCGACCCUACAGUGCCCUCUGAGGCAACAGAUCAGCCAACAGGGCCAACCAGUGAGGCAGCCGUUGGGCCACAGCUAGUCAUUUGGGGCACAGAUGUUGUCGUCAGCGAGACCAAGGAGAAGUUUCGCAAGUUUAUCACUGAGUUUGUUGAUGAAGAACUUGAGGCGGGAGAUGAUUUUGAUCCCUCACUUCCUGUCUACAUGCAGAGGUUGGAAGAGAUCCAUGUUCUUGAGACUCCUUUCCUCAACAUUGACUGUUGUCAGUUGAAGAAGUUUGAUGCUGACCUGUACAGACAACUUGUCUGUUAUCCCCAAGAGGUUGUCCCAACGUUUGACAUGGCUAUUAACGAGAUCUUCUUUGAGAAGUACCCAGACACCACAUUGGAACACCAGAUUCAGGUGCGCACAUAUAAUGUUGACAAAACAAAGAACAUGAGAGCUCUAAACCCUGAAGAUAUUGAUACCCUUAUUACAAUUUGUGGUAUGGUGACAAGGACGUCGUCAAUUAUUCCAGAAAUGAGAGAAGCAUUUUUCAAGUGCUAUGUCUGCAAAGCCUCUUUGCGUGUGGAGAUUGACAGAGGACGUAUUGCAGAGCCGUCUAUUUGCCGGAAUUGUAACACAAACCACAGCAUGGUGCUUGUACACAACAGAUCCCAGUUUACUGACAAACAGAUCAUCAAACUCCAAGAAUCCCCAGAUGACAUGCCGCCUGGCCAAACACCACACACCAUCAUGGUCUUUGCUCACAAUGACCUGGUAGAUGCCGUCCAACCUGGUGACAGAGUUGCAGUUACAGGUAUUUACAGAGCUACGCCGAUCCGAGUGAAUCCACGUCAGAGCAAUGUCAAAGCUGUUUACAAAACAUAUGUGGAUGUCAUCCACUUUAAGAAAACCGACAAGAAAAGGCUCUAUGAGAGUGAUGUCGACAGUGCUGUAACGUUUUCUCAAGAGAGAAUUGCCCAGCUUCAUCAGCUGGCAAAGCAGCCAGAUAUCUAUGAACGACUUGCAAGGAACCUCGCUCCAAGCAUCUAUGAGAAUGAAGAUAUCAAAAAGGGAAUUCUGUUGCAACUGUUUGGCGGCACUGCCAAAGACUUCACAUCUGCAGGGCGUGGCAAAUUCAGGUCCGAAGUAAACAUCUUGUUGUGUGGUGAUCCUGGCACAAGCAAGUCCCAGCUUCUUCAGUAUGUCCACAACCUUGUCCCUCGAGGCCAGUACACGUCAGGAAAAGGGUCCUCCGCAGUUGGACUCACAGCCUAUGUCACUAGAGAUCCUGAGACGAGACAACUUGUGCUUCAAACUGGAGCUCUGGUUUUGAGUGACAAUGGUAUUUGCUGUAUUGACGAAUUUGACAAGAUGAACGACAGCACCAGAGCUGUCUUACAUGAAGUUAUGGAGCAGCAAACGCUGUCUAUUGCCAAGGCAGGUAUCAUCUGUCAACUGAAUGCUCGCACAUCGAUCCUAGCAGCAGCCAACCCUGUCAAGUCACAGUGGGAUCCCCGCCUGACGACCGUCGAGAAUAUCCAACUGCCACACACCCUCAUGUCAAGAUUUGACUUGAUAUUCCUGAUGCUUGACCCCCAAGAUGAGUUCUAUGAUCGCCGGCUGGCCAAGCAUCUGGUCUCGCUCUACCACCAGACCCAGGAAGAAGAGGAGGAAGAUUUCCUGGACAUGAGUAUACUCAAGGAUUACAUUGGUUACGCUCGCACGUACAUCAACCCCCGACUUGGAGAGGAAGCUGCCCAGUCUCUUAUCCAAGUUUACGUAGAGAUGCGCAAGGUGGGAAGCAGCCAUGGGGCCGUCACAGCCUACCCUCGUCAACUGGAGUCGCUCAUCAGACUGGCCGAGGCACACGCCAGGAUGAGAUUCUCUGAUACUGUGGAUAUUGUGGACGUCGAAGAAGCAAAACGACUUCAUAGAGAAGCUCUAAAGCAGUCUGCCACGGACCCCAAGACUGGGCUGAUCGACAUUAGUAUUCUCACUACUGGCCUGAGUGCGUCAGAUCGCAAGAGGCGCCUGGAGCUCGCCAAGUCCCUUAAGGCUCUGCUUACUUCCAAGGGCAAGGUGCCAACCGUGGAUUACCAGAAGACCUUCAGCGAGAUGCGAGAGGCCUCUGACCUGCCUGUCUCCCGCGAGCAGUUUGAUGGGGCGCUACAGAUUCUUAAGGACGAAGACUUCCUGAUUGUCACUGGGAAAUACAUCCGCCUGAUGUGAGGCCGCAUUUUCUAAAAAGACCUGUUCUACUAGCACUUAUAUCCUUCUCAGAUGAGGGUCUAUCCUGUUAUGGACACGGACAACCAUCUUAAUGCUGAAUUCCCUUCAGAUAUUGCUAUAACCGCAUGUCCCUUGAACAAGGUACGCUAAGUACUGAUGCAAUGCUUCUGUGAAUGAACAUCUCUGCGUUGUGACCUCGAGUCAAUGUUUUGGCGAAUAUCAUUGGCGCUCUGAAGGUGUUUGCAAGCACUCCCAAAGGGAAGAAGCUAAAACGUCUAGUUAUGUUAAGCCUUGUUUGUGGAAGUCUGAUAAAUUCUCAAAACCUUGGUCAUCUACAUUGUGUGGUAAUAUUUGUAAGUAAAUAUUUAUGAAAAUGUUGA